CUUCAACAUUGAUCCGAACGGCAGCAUUGCUGAAUAUGCCAGACGUAUUGCAGCUAUGAAAGAGUGUGUUAUGGACAUAUUACCUUACGACAUGACGGUUGACUGUGCCACGGGGGCGUCACCAGCAGUUUCAUGUGUUAUUGUUCAGAUCAUACUUCAUUCAAGCUCGGUACCCAUCGAAGCUCGACAUACGAUAAUUGCAACAAUUUUAGAUAUAUGUACAGUCGAUGCUUUAUUUAAGCCAUCAUUCUUUGUCACCAUCCCAUCAAUUGAAGCUUAAAUGAGAAGGACAAAUACAGCAGCGCUUGUUGACGGACAUAUGGGUCAAGCUCAGAUCAUAUCCGAACAGAGUUUCGCGCUCAGAUACCGUGUUAUUCAUCAAACACUCCGUUUACGCGCGCGACCGUGAUGUUCAGCUUGGAUGAAGAAUACAAACACAGCGCCGCUUCUUUGAGAGGCCUCUAAACUUGUUUCCCAUCGUUAUCUAUUCAGCCCCUGAACUGACUUGUCAACUCUUUGCGCAGAAAAAAUGCCCCAGACCGGCGCCAACCUCAUGGCAGGGGCCUAUAUCUCUCUGGGUAGAAACAAUCUAUCACCCGGGUUGGAGACAACGACAUGCUCGCCAUCUUCAGGCUCGGGCUCUUUAACUUUGACCAUGUCUUCCCUCGUCAUCCAUGGUCAAGUCAAUCACCUCAGGCCGAGAGCCCUCGGGAUAACGGCCGGCUGUCCCUCUUCCCCAGCCUCCCUCGCACCUCAGCGUGCCGCCGCUGCCGCCACCAAAUUCGAUGCUGUCGUCGCUGCCGGUGGAUCCCAGCAUCAGUGGGGCCGAAGCCCAACGCAAAAGAAGCGAACAGUGGCCUUGCCCACUGUCAAAACAACAAAGUUAACGCUUGUGACGGGGGGCUAG